AGAGCACUUCGGGAAAGGGGCUGGGCCCGCGCGGCUUUUCCGCGUCGAAGUUCCUGUGAGAAACCUCGCGUGGCGAGCUACCCGGAGGAAAAUUAAUUGUCUUGGCUAUUAUUUGCCUAUUUGUGUGAUGACUGACACUUUUGAAGGGAUUCCAAGAUGCCAAAACUCAGAGAUACUUUACUUUUAAUUGAUGUUUGGACUUGCAGAGCCUAUUUACUUUCAGGAAUCUAGAGAAAACUGUUCCCCAAAAAGAAACCCAUUAGUUUGGAACUGGAGGAUUCCUUUGUAUCAGAUACUCAGAUGAAGGAAUCACCGAUAGAGGGUGAACCUGACAAGGCAGUGGCACCACAGCUGCUGCAGUUAGAUGAAAUUAAGACAGAACCCAACAAUACCCAGGAGUAUUGUCAAGCCCAACAUUCCAAAACUCAGGAGAAUGAACUGAAAAUAAACACUACGUUCUCAGACAGUGCCUCACAGUUGACUAUAGGCAUUCAGCUUUCUCUGGCAUCAUCUGGCUUGAAUAAAAUGCUUCCUUCAGCUCCAGCCACAGCUGUUCAGGUUUCCUGUGCUGGCUGCAAAAAAAUCCUCCAGAAGGGGCAAACUGCUUAUCAGAGGAAAGGGUCUACACAGCUUUUCUGCUCCACACUGUGCAUCACUGAGUACAUUUCAGCUGCCAAUACACCAGCUCUUCCCAAGAGAACUUGUUCAAACUGCUCAAAAGACAUUUUAAAUCUGAAGGAUGUGAUCAGCGUCCCGCUGGAAGACACUAUCUCUAGCAAAAAUUUUUGUAGUCAAUCUUGUCUUUUAUCAUAUGAAGGAAAAAGAAAACCAUUUGUUACCAUAUAUACUAAUUGUGUUUUAACCAAAUGCAACAUAUGUCAGAAGACUACUCUCAUUCAGUAUGAAGUAAAAUACCAGAACGUGAAACAUACUCUUUGCAGUAAUGCCUGCUUUUCAAAGUUUCACUCUGCUAACAACCUCAUCAUGAACUGUUGUGAGAACUGUGGAGCUUACUGUUACACUAGCUCUAGUCUGUUUCAUAUACUUCAGAUGGAAGGACAGUCUCUUUACUUAAAUAGUUCAAAGAGUGUUACAGCAUCUAAGCAGAAACCAGCCAAGACACUUAUAUCUGCUCUUUGGAAAUCGGUGAAGACCUCAGAUGAAAUGAUUGAGAUUACCAAUGACUCAGGGAAGACAGAGCUUUUCUGCUCUGUUCGUUGUUUCUCUGCUAACAGUAAAGCUAAGAUGGAAUCUUCUACAGUAAAUGUUUCCAUGGUGCAUGAUACUUCAACAGAGCUCCUUUCUGCAAAGAAGCUCCUUUCUCCAAAGAAAGAUACGACUCCAGUUAUAAGCAAUAUAGUGUCGUUGGCAGAUACUCAUGUUGCCCUGCCCAUCAUGAACUCUGAUGUCUUACAAGAUACAGUUUCUUCAGUAACAGCAAAUGUGAUUGCAGAUAUUCCUAAGAGUUCACCCAGUGAGUCAAGUAGUGGUGUUGCUAGUAGCAGUGUCGAACAGCCAAGUCUUGCACCAUCUUCAUCAGUACUCGGUCAGCAUACGAUUGGCUCCAGUAUAGAAGUACAGAAAGAGCAAGUGUCAAACCAAGAUGAUGCAUGCAGUAUGGAAUCUAUGAAAAGAAGUGAUAGACUGUGUCGCCCAAAAUUUACAUCCAAAGUACAAAAAGUUAAAGGUAAAUCACGAAGUAUUAAAAAAUUUUGGUGUUCAAAUUUUCAGCAGUUAGAAAACAGUGUUAGAAAGAAUGUAACAUUCUGUUAUUCAUGCCAGUUGUUCUGCCAAAAAAAUUUUAGGUAUGGAAGGCAAUCAUUUGCAGCCCAAGGAAUUACUAAUUGGAAAAAAACUCUGGAAAAAUUCAGAAAGCAUGAAAAAAGUAAAAUGCAUUUGAAGUCAUUGCAAUUUUGGAGGGAACACCAGUUUUGUGACAAAGCUGUCAAUGGUAAUUUAUCUAUUCAUUCAAAACAGAUUGAAGAAAAUACAAAGUACCUAAAGCUUAUAAUUGAAAAUAUUUUAUUUCUUGGAAAGCAGUGUUUACCCUUAGGAGAAAACGACCAGUCUAUUUCAUCUGUGAAUAAAGGCAAUUUUUUAGAAUUGUUAGAAAUCAGAGCAAAAGAUAAAGGAGAAGAAAUAUUUCAACUUACGAAUUCACAGGUUGACUUCUAUAAUAGUACACAAAUUCAAAAUGAUAUUAUUGAAAUAAUAAAGACUGAAAUGUUGCAAGAUAUUGUGAAUGAGAUCAAUGUCUCCUCAGCUUUUUCUAUAAUAUGUGAUGAGGCAACUUAUAGUGUCACUAAAGAACAGCUUUCAAUUUGUGUAAGAUACCCACAAAAAACAUCAAAGGCUAUUUUAAUUAAAGAAAGAUUCUUGGGUUUCAUAGAUGUUGAAGAGAUGACUGGGACCAACUUACACAGGACUAUCACAACUUACUUGCAGCAAAUUGGAGUUGAUCUGAAUAAAUUACGAGGCCAGGCCUAUGACAGUACCACUAAUUUGAGGGUGAAAUUUAAUAAAGUUGCAGCAGAAUUCAAGAAGGAAGAGCCAAGAGCUUUAUACGUACAUUGUUAUGCACAUUUUUUGGAUUUAGCAGUCAUUAGGUUUUGUAAAGAAGUAAAAGAACUCCGAAGUACUCUAAAGAUUCUCAGUUCUUUGUUCAACACACUUCAUAUGUCGGGGGAAAUGUCUGCAAAUUUUCAAAAGAUUUGUAACCUAAGUCAAAACAAAACAUGCAAGAAACAUACCUCACAAUCAUGUUGGACAGUCCAUGACCAUACAUUACUAUCUGUGAUUGAGGGUCUUCCUGAGAUUAUCGAAACACUCAACAUUGUAUCAAACCAUUCUUCAAAUACAAGUUUGUCUGAUGAAUUGAGUGAUUUGUUGACACUGGUUUCCAAAUUUGAAUUUAUCUUUUGUCUAAAAUUUCUUUAUCGAGUAUUAAGCGUUAUAGGAAUUCUUUCCAAAGAGCUUCAAAGUGAAACCAUAGACAUUUUCUCUUUGUCUUCAAAAAUAGAAGCAAUUAUGGAAUGUUUAUCAUCUGAAAGAAAUGAUGUCUAUUUCAAAACUAUCUGGGACGGAGCAGAAGAAAUAUGUCAAGAAAUAACUCAUAAAGGUUUUGAAGUUGAAAGACCUUUUCAGAAAAGAAGAAAAAUUCAGAAAACAACAGACCUUGACAAUUCAGGCAGUAUGUUUUUUCCUACCUCAACAGAAGAACAAUAUAAAAUUAAUAUUUAUUACCAAGGAUUAGAUGCUAUAUUACAAAAUUUAAAAUUAUGUUUUUCAGAGUUUGAUUAUUUCAAGAUGAAGCAAAUUUCAGAACUAUUAUUUAAAUGGAAUGAACCAUUAAGUGAAGCAACAGCCAAACAUAUCCAAGAAUUUUAUAAACUUGAUGCAGACAUCAUCCCAGAACUUAGAUUUUAUCGGCAAUAUGCAAAGCUCAACUUUGUCAUGGAUUAUGAUAACAUCAACUUUAUCAAUCUUGGCUCUUUGUUUAUUCAGCAUGGUCUUCACAAUAAUAUUCCUUGCAUAUCAAAGCUGUUAGAUAUUGCUUUGUCUUGGCCAGUUACUUCAACAAGCGUUGAAAACUCAUUUUCUGUACUACCUCGUCUUAAAACAUAUUUAUGUCAUACCAUGGGACAAGUGAAGUUCAGUGGCUUGGCCCUGAUGGCUGUUGAACAGGAAUUGGUAAAUAAACUGAUGGAGCCAGAAAGACUCAAUGGAAUUGUGGAAAAGUUUAUCCAUCAGAUGAAAGAAAUAUAGUACUUGCUAAUUUGAAUUUACACCUGAAAGACUUCCGUGUUUCUGUUGGAACAUAAGUUUUUAUUGCAAAUUUUUGUCUCAAGAAAAACAUUUUUUUAUCUUCAACUUGCCUUUUUCACUUUACAAGGUUGUUUUUGAGAUUGUCCCAUGUCAAUACGUAGUAUUUUUUUUUUACAACUGUAAGAUUUAAUUGUAUUGAUGUAUUGUAAAAUAUUGGAACAGUCCCUGCUGAUAAACACUUUCUUUCUAAUCUUUUGCUAGUAUAAAUAAUGCUGCAUUUAAUAACCUUGUACACAGGUCUAUUGCACAUUGAGUUACUGUAAGAUAAAAUUUUAAUUAGAAUACUAGGUAAAAAAUUUGUGCAUUUUUGAUAGAUAUUAGCAAAUUGCUUUCUACAAGGAUUAUGCCAAUUUACAGUCCCACCAACGGUUGAGAGUGCCUGUUUCUUCAAAUCUUUGUAAAGCAGGGUUAUCAAAUGUUUUGAUUUUUGCCAAUCUGCAUCUGAAUGGUAUUUUAAUCUCUGGCGAUUAAACCUCAGUGGAAUUUUGUAUUUUCACUUAAGAAAAAGCUUGGGUAUCUGCUUGAGCCAUUUGUAUAUCCUUUUCUAUAAACUGUAUCAUUUAAACAUUAAAACUAUUGCUGUGUUUUUGGUUGACACAAUAACUGGAGGAACACAAUAGGAAUUCUUUUUUU